AUCCACAACAGCAAAAAGAAAGUCCCAUUUCUUCUCCAUUAAACCCUCUCUGCUUCACGCCUUCACCUCAGUUACACACACACCCAACAAACACAAUUUUCAACUCACUAUGACUUGAAAUUCUAGAACAAAAACAUAAAAAAGACCAAACAACAUGACACUACUUUCAUACCACUCAAUCCCCCAAAUUCUCAUCCGUACAGAACACCAUUUCCUAACACCAACCCCGAAGAUACCUCUUCAGUUCCAGCACACCAAACGCCGGUCAACGAUAGUCAACGAAACAAAACCACCCGGAACCAGAUCCAGAACCCGAUCCAAACCCAAACCAAAAGAACUCGUAUUCGGAUACCCAGCAAACAGCGUAGAGAAAGGUAAAUACAGCUACGAAGUUGAAAGCCUGCUCAACAAACUAUCUGGAUUGCCUCCACGUGGCAGCAUCGCAAGGUGUCUCGAACCUUUUAAAAAUAAGUUAAGUUUAAAUGAUUUUGCUAUAGUGUUUAAGGAACUUGCGUCGCGUGGCGACUGGCAGAGGUCGUUGCGUUUGUUUAAACAAAUGCAACGACAAGUUUGGUCGAAACCAAAUGAUCAUAUUUAUACUAUUGUUAUUGGGAUUUUGGGUCGGGAAGGGUUGUUAGAAAAAUGCUUAGAGGUGUUUGAUGAAAUGCCAAAAGAAGGCGUUUCUCGUAGUGUUUUUAGUUAUACAUCCAUAAUUAAUGCUUAUGGCCGAAAUGGGCAGUAUGAGGUUUCGUUACAAUUGCUUGAUAGGAUGAAGAAAGAGAGAAUAUUGCCUAAUGUGUUGACUUAUAAUACUGUUAUUAAUGCGUGUGCUAGAGGCGGGUAUGAUUGGGAGGGGUUGUUAAGUUUGUUUGCCGAAAUGAGACAUGAAGGGUUACAACCGGAUUUAGUUACUUAUAAUACGUUACUUGCUGCGUGUGCUAAUAGAGGGUUAGGUGAUGAAGCGGUUAUGGUUUUUAGGACUAUGAAUGAAGGCGGGACAAUACCUGAUGCCACUAGUUAUGAGUAUUUAGUUCAGACGUUUGGGAAGUUGGGUGAUUUGAAGAAGGUUUCGGGAUUGUUGAAGGAAAUGGAGUCUAGGGGGAAUUUGCCUGAAGCACCUUGUUAUAACGCUUUGUUGGAAGCGUAUUCGGAUUUGGAACAGACUAAGGAUGCGAUGGAUGUGUUUAGGCAAAUGCAGAGUGCUGGGUGUGUGCCAAAUGCGACAACUUAUACUAUAUUGUUGAAUUUGUUUGGUAGGCAAGGGAGGUAUGAUGAAGUUCGUGAACUUUUUCUUGAAAUGAAAGUUAGUAGUAUGGGGUUAGAUGCGGGUACUUAUAAUAUACUUAUAGAUGUUUUUGGGGAAGGUGGGUAUUAUAAUGAAGUGAUAACGUUGUUUAAUGACAUGGUGGAGGAAAAGAUCGAACCGAAUAUGGAGACGUAUGAGGGAUUGAUAGUUUCGUGUGGCAAAGGAGGGCUUCAUGAGGAUGCUAAGAAGAUUGUUUUGCAUAUGAGGGAGAGUGGACUAGUGCCGAGUUCAAAGGCGUAUACUGCCAUUAUAGAGGCUUAUGGACAAGCUGCUUUGUAUGAAGAAGCUCUUGUUACUUUUAAUACGAUGAAUGAAUUUGGAAGCAUUCCAACUGUUGAGACAUUUAAUUCUUUGAUUGAUGUGUUUUCUAGAGGAGGGUUGUAUAAAGAAGCUGAAGCCAUAGUUUCUAAAAUGGGUGAGUCUGGUGUUUCGGGGAAUAGUGAUACAUUUAAUGGUGUCAUCGAGGCAUUUAGACAGGCGGGACAAUUUGAAGAUGCAAUUAAGGCGUAUGUUGACAUGGAAAAGGUGAAAUGUCACCCAGAUGAGCGGACCCUCGAGGCUGUAUUGAGUGUUUACUGCUUUGCAGGACUUGUGGAUGAGAGUGAAGAACAGUUUCAGGAGAUUGAGAAAAUGGUUGAAUUGCCUAGUGUCAUGAGUUACUGCAUGAUGCUCGCUACUUACGCCAAGAGUGAAAGGUGGGACGAUGCUCAUAAAUUGCUGGAUGAGAUGAUAAGAUGUGAUUCAUCAAAUAUUCAUCAGGUGAUUGGGCAGAUGAUUAGGGGAGAUUAUGAUGAUGCAUCCAACUGGCAAAUGGUGGAGUAUGUUUUUGAUAAACUUAACACUGAAGGUCGAGGUUUAGGAUUAAGAUUCUACAACACACUUCUGGAAGCUCUUUGGUGGUUAGGCCAGAAGGAACGAGCUACACGAGUGCUUCAAGAAGCAACAAAGAGAGGACUUUUUCCAGAAAUAUUUUGUAACAGUAAACGUGUUUGGUCUGUUGAUCUACACAGGUUGUGGCCCGGUGGUGCAUGUACAGCUGUAUCACUUUGGUUUGCAAAUAUGCAUCAGAUGUUAGUGGAUGGGGAGGACCUUCCUCAUCUAGCUUCUGUGGUUGUCGUCAGAAGAGGCCAAAUGGAGAAGAGCUCCAUAACACGAGAUUUUCCUGUUGCAAAGAUGGCAUAUUCGCUUUUAAAGGAUAGUGUUUCAUCUUCUUUCUGUUUACCUGGAUGGAACAAGGGUAGAAUUGUGUGUCAACGAGCUCAGCUCAAGAAGAUUCUAAGUGACAUGGAAUCACAAUCUGAAGAGGACGGGAUCAUUAAUUUGAAUAAUGUCCCAAUUCCUGUUCCGGAUUCAAGAACCUACAAGGCUCAGGUCAGAAAAGGUGGUAUGAAUAAUGGUGAAGUAAUGAUAGAUAUAAAUGGAGGGACCAAGAUCGAUACAAGAACAGAGCUGGUCACGGGCCCCAUUUAGAGAACUAGAUACAACUGGUGAAUCGCAGUCUAAAAUGAGUCGCAAAUCCCUAUAGGUAUGCAUCCCUCAAAGGUUUCAAUUUGCCAUAGGAACAAGUGAUUAGAAACUAUAUGCAUAUGGGGAAUAGUAGUAGUGAAACUGAUGUAGUGAAACUAGUAGUGAAACUGAUGUUGCCACAGUAAUAUUGUAAGAAAUUUGUAAGAUGGUCUUAAGAAACUGUUGCAAAAUGUUCAUUUUAUUCUAAAUAAAAUAAAACUAAAAGUUAUAAUCAAA